GCCCGCCGGGCCGCAGUGGAGCGCGCGAGCAGCCGUCGCCAUGGCCUCCUUCCUGAAGCUGAAGAACCACCAGAGCGGCGGCGUGCACGAGGACCGCCUCUUCGGCGGCUGUCCCGUCGCGCGCUCGCCGACGCAGUGCUCGGACAAGGUGUGCACCGGCAGCAUGCUGGCGCUGACGGGGCCGCCCCGGGACGGGCCCAGGACCCAGCACGAGCUGCUGCACCACGCCAAGGACUUCCUGGACCAGUACUUCGCCUCCAACCGCAGGUCCAACAGCGCGGCUCACCAGGCCCGCUGGCUGCAGGUGCGGCAGGAAGUGGAGGCCAGCGGCUCGUACCAGCUCACGGAGACGGAGCUGGUGUUCGGAGCCAAGCUGGCCUGGAGGAACUCUGUGCGCUGCAUCGGCCGCAUCCAGUGGUCCAAGCUGCAGGUGUUCGACUGCCGGUGCGUGACCACCACCAGCGGCAUGUUCGAGGCGCUCUGCAACCACAUCAAGUACAGCACCAACAAGGGCAACAUCAGGUCGGCCAUCACGGUGUUCCCGCAGCGCACGGACGGCGCCCACGACUUCCGCAUCUGGAACCCGCAGCUCGUCAGCUACGCCGGCUACCGGCAGCCGGACGGCUCAGUGCUGGGCGACCCGGCCUCCGUCGAGUUCACCGAGGUGUGCGUGAAGAUGGGCUGGCACGGACACGGCACGGCGUGGGACGUGCUGCCUCUAGUGCUGUCCGCCGGCGGGGAGGACCCCGACUACUUCGACAUCCCUCCCGACCUGGUGCUGCAGGUGCCGCUCACCCACCCCAGGUACGAGUGGUUCGAGGAGCUGGGCCUGCGCUGGUACGCGCUGCCCGCCGUGUCCGGCAUGCUGUUCGACUGCGGCGGGCUGGAGUUCCCGGCGGCGCCCUUCAACGGCUGGUACAUGAGCACCGAGGUGGGCCGCGACCUGUGCGACCCGCACCGCUACAACGUGCUCGAGAGCGUGGCAGCGCGCCUGGGCCUGGACACGAGGACCGCCGUCACGCUGUGGAAGGACCGCGCCCUGGUGGAGGUCAACCUGGCCGUGCUGCACAGCUUCCAGUCGUGCAACGUGACGGUGGUGGACCACCACACGGCCUCCGAGUCCUUCAUGAAGCACUACGAGAGCGAGAUGAAGCUGCGACGGGGCUGCCCCGCCGACUGGGUGUGGAUCGUGCCCCCCAUGUCGGCCUCGCUCACCCCAGUCUUCCACCAGGAGAUGGCGCUGUACCAGCUCAAGCCCUCCUACGACUACCAGGUGGCCGUGUGGAAGAGUCACGUGUGGAAGGCAGGCAUGGACUCCCUCAUAGGCAAGAAGCCCAGGAAGAAGUUCCGCUUCAAGCAGAUCGCAAGGGCCGUGAAGUUCACGUCGAAGCUGUUCGGCCACGCGCUGUCCCGCCGCAUCAAGGCCACCGUGCUGUACGCCACGGAGACCGGCAAGGCGGAGAUGUACGCCCGCAAGCUGGGCGAGAUCUUCGCGCACGCCUUCAACGCCCAGGUGUACUGCAUGGACGAGUACGACGUGGGCAGCAUCGAGCACGAGGCCCUGCUGCUGGUCGUCACCUCCACCUUCGGCAACGGCGACCCGCCGGAGAACGGCGUGUCUUUCGCACAGAACCUAUACGCAAUGAAGAUGAAUGAAAACGAAGACAUGGUGAACGGAUCGAACGAGAAAUUCAGCAUGGCCAGCUCCAAGUCGUUCAUAAAGGCCAACAGCCAGUCGGAGCUGAGCGCCGAGACGCCGCGCCCCCUGGACCCGGCCCGCGGCCCCAGCGGUGACGUCAUGGCCGAGGACACGUUCGGCCCGCUCAGCAACGUCAGGUUCGCUGUGUUCGCUCUCGGCUCGAGCGCCUACCCCAACUUCUGCGCCUUCGGCAAGUACGUGGACAACCUGCUGGGGGAGCUGGGAGGCGAGCGGCUGCUCAAGAUGGUGCAGGGCGACGAGAUGCUGGGGCAGGACCAGGCGUUCCGCAAGUGGGCGCCCGAGGUGUUCACGACGGCGUGCGAGACGUUCUGCCUGGACGACGACGCCAUCCUGGAGGCCACCAAGUCGCUGAGGGCGCCCACCCUGUCGGCGGCCACCGUGCGCCUCCUGGAGGCCGAGGAGCGCCCGCUCGCCGAAGCAUUAUCAAAAUGCCACGGCAAGGACAUAAUCGCGUGUAAAGUACUUGGAAAAAGAAACCUACAUGGGAAUGACGCCAGGACCACCAUGCUGGUGGAGGUGGGCGCCCCCCUGGCCUACGAGCCCGGGGACCACGUGGGCGUGCUGCCGGCCAACCGCCGCGAGCUGGUGGACGGCAUCCUGGCGCGCCUGCAAACCUCCUUGGACGUCGACCGGCCGGCGCAGCUGCAGCUGCAGAAGGACACGCGCACGCCCGACGGCGUGGUGAAGACGUGGGAGAGCCACUACAGACUGCCGCCCUGCUCGCUCAGGACCUUGUUCACUCGCUUCCUCGACAUCACGACUCCGCCCACGCCCAACCUGCUGCAGCAGCUGGCGGCCGCCGCCUCGGACCCCGAGGACAGCCGCCGCCUCAUGCGGCUCGUCACGGAGCCGGCCGCCUACGAGGACUGGCGCCACUGGCACAGCCCGCACCUGCUGGAGGUGCUGCAGCAGUUCCCGUCCGUGCGGCCCUCGGCGGCGCUGCUGGCCGCGCAGCUGGCGCCUCUGCAGCCGCGCAUCUACAGCAUCUCGUCCUCGCCGCUCGCGCACCCGGGCCAGGUCCACCUCACCGUCGCCGUCGUCGUCUACCGCACGCAGGGAGGCAAAGGUCCGAAGCACUAUGGUGUUUGCUCCAACUACUUGGGUGAUAUAAGCAUCAACGAUGACAUCUAUAUGUUCGUUCGGAGCGCGCCCAGCUUCCACAUGCCGGCCGACAUCAGCAGGCCGCUCAUCAUGGUCGGGCCGGGCACCGGGGUGGCUCCAUUCAGAGGCUUCUGGCAACACCGAAAGUUCCAGAUGGAGUCCCUCCGCCAAGGGGGUCAGCAGGCGGGCAGCAUGUGGCUGUUCUUCGGCUGCCGAGGGGAGGCGCUGGACCUGUACCGCGCCGAGAAGGAAGUCGCCGUCAAGGAGGCGGUCCUGGACCAGACGUUCCUGGCGCUGUCGAGGCAGCCGUCCGUCCCCAAGACGUACGUGCAGGACCUGCUGAGGCGGCGGGCGGCAGACGUCUACCGCAAGCUGGUCCUCGAGCAGGGCCACUUCUACGUGUGCGGCGACUGCACCAUGGCCGAGAACGUCUACCAGACGCUCAGGCAGAUCAUCCAGCAGCAGAGCGGCAUGUGCGAGCAGGACGUGGAGACGUACAUGCUGAAGCUCAGGGACGAGAACCGCUACCACGAAGAUAUCUUCGGCAUCGUAUUGCGCACAGCUGAAGUACACGACCGCUGCCGCGAGAGUGCGCGCAUCCGCAUGGCGUCGCGGCCAUAGCGCAGGCGUGCGCUUUCCCACCUGUUCUGCUGCACCAUCUGAGCGGGCUCGCUCCGAACUACAGCAUCUGUCCCGCUGCGCCAUCUGAGCGGGCCCGCUUCAAACUACAGUGCCUGCUCCGCUGCGCCAUCUGAGCGGGCUCGCACCGAACUACAGCGCCUGUUCCGCUGCGCCAUCUGAGCGGGCCCGCUUCGAACUACAGCGCCUGUCCCGCUGCGGCAUCUGAGCGGGCCCGCUUUGAACUACAGCGCCUGUUCCGCUGCGCCAUCUCAGCGGGCUGGCCCCGACCUACAGCACCGUUGACAACCCUCAUGGCCCGUCUACAAUUAAUAUGGCGUUAUACAGUAAAAGCUAAACGUAUCAAUAAACGCACAGGCGUGGAUAUAAUGUGGACGUUAUUGGCGAUGAAGUAACCAAAAAUUACAAAGCAUUGGCCGAAGCAAUUUUGUAUAGUUUAUCUCAAUCAAAUAUUUUAUUUGUUUUUCGACCUUAUUCAACUUUUAAGUGUUUGAUGUGUAACAUCUUAGCUCUCGGUAUACAGCAUUUGGAAGAAGUUAUUUCUUGAAUGGAACGGUAGUCGCAUGGAACGGAAACGUGCAACCACUGUGCUGCCAUCUGUGAUGUUUGGCGCGAACCAAAGUUUAAAAAAAUAAAGAAAAACUUUAUAUUAUUAACUGUUAAAUAAAUCCGGUUUCAAAGCCGAAGAUUAGGUUUUAUUUUUCAAAUCUUCUUCGCUUUUAUCGAAGCCAUUCCAUUAUAAAGUUAAAACAAUUUCUGUCUGCAAAUCGAAUUUUUCGAUAGUCGGCGUAUCUGCUCUGGCAGCGAAUUCUAGCGGCGGAUGUGGAAACUACGUGAGUUUCGCGUCAAUAAAUGUAGUUGAAAACACAAUUUUCUUGUAUUUAUCUCGCUCGGCAUUAUUUCAAAUAUUCUACCUUAAAUUUCGUGUCCGAGAUUUGUAUUAUAAGUGUAUUUGCAACAUGAGAGCACAAAAUAUUUUAUUUUUACCGAGGUCAAAUGUUACAAAUCUCUGGCGAGUACUGAAUGAAAGAGUGUGUUAAAAUUGAAAGUUUACUUAUGAUCUAUGCGAGAACACAGUUAAACAACAUCAUUUAACGUAGGUACACAUAAUGUUACACAUAGUGUUCACACUCAAAUAUGUUUCCUUAUAGCAUUCAUAUCAUCGAGAUGGCAAAUAUCAAUGUACAAUUAGCUUUAACAUUCGUUAAUGGUGACGUGCCGGAUUCUGUUUGUCGUUAAUACCCGUUCUACUAUGGCACGGAAGCAUUGACGGAUGACGUAAAGAAGAUUAAUAUCACGAAACGCUAACGCGCUUCAAUGGCACGCAUGCGGAUUGCGUACACGGACACAUACGGAUUAGCUUCGUAAUGCCCAAAUCUUCGGUUUACGUUGCUCCUUGCGAUUAAUUGAAACCGAGUAAUGAUAGCCAUCUUUGUUUACGGUUUUAAUACACUAAUGCCAGGCUCUAAUGUUUUGUAAUAUUUUGUGGUUUAUUUUUAUUGUAUAUGUAAAUUGAGAACGUGUUAUGUUACCGUAUCUCAAAUGAUGUUUCAAUUUUUUUUUUUUUGCAUAGCCGUGGAAAUCGAUCUCAUUGGUUGCCUUUUGUUACUUUACUGUGGAUUAUAAAACAGCUGGCGUAUAUUGAAACGUUCCUUGAUACGUUUCCGAUUUUACUUUUCCGCGCCAUUGAGGAACGAGCCAAAACUCUAAACGCCAAAUAUUUAUGGUAUGGUGCAAUUUGUUUACUGUGUCCAAGUCUUUAAUUACUUGUAAUGUGAUCAUUCAAGUUAGCAAAUCAAUUGUAGACAGGCCUACACACACACCUGGCCUAGCCGCGUCAGAUUAUUUAUGUAUUUAAAGUAUUCAGUAGCUAAGCUGCCAUAUGUUUAUUCUUGUGUUCUUUUUUUUAUAUCCUCUCAUGUAUACAUAUUAAAAGUUCCAACUCCAUGCAA